AUGGAUAAAAGUAAGCCAGUGAGCAUGCCACUGAGUCCACAAUUUAAACUCAGUGUGAAUCAAAGCCCAAAGGAUGAUGAACAUAGAAGAGAAAUGGAUAAAAUCCCAUAUGCAAACAUAGUGGGAAGUAUCAUGUACACCAUGGUGUGUACAAGGCCAGAUAUCAGCCAAGGAAUAAGUGUUGUCAGCAGAUACAUGGCUGAUCCAGGUCUGGAGCAUUGGCAUGCUUUGAAAUGGAUACUGAGAUACCUAAAUGGAACUCAGGAUUAUGGAAUAUUGUUUGAUGGGAGUAAGGAAAUUGAAGAGCAGCCUCUGAUGGGAUAUUGUGAUUCUGAUUUUGCAACCAAUAUAGACACAAGGAAGUCCCAAUCUGGUUAUGUAUUCUGUUUGUAUGGUGCUGCAGUCAGUUGGAGAUCAAGUUUGCAAUCUGUGGUGGCUCUCUCAACAACUGAAGCUGAGUACAUUUCUAUGUCUGAAGCUGUAAAGGAAAGCAUAUGGCUGAAAGGGAUCUGCUCUGAUUUUGGAGUUGAUCAAGAAACUGUGACAAUAUUAUGUGAUUCAAAUAGUGCUAUAUGUCUAUCCAAACAUCAAACAUUCCAUGAGAGGAGUAAGCAUGUGGAUGUCAAGCUGCAUUUUGUGAGAGAUGAGGUUGAUAAAGGCUCGGUGAAGAUUCAAAAGGUAGCAACUGAGCACAAUGCAUCUGAUAUGCUUACAAAAGUGUUACCCGGUUCAAAACUGAAGUAUUGUAUGGAUUUGGUGAAUCUAAUCCAGCUAAAGUGA